AUGCUUGCUUGUUCGCACAUGUGGGGAGGGGGUAGCAUGGGCGUGGAGGGGGGAAGGAUGGGCGUGGUGGGGGGAGGGAUGGGCGUGGAGUGGGGAGGGAUGGGCGUGGAUUGGGGAGGGAUGGGCGUGGAGUGUGGGGGGUAUGGGCGUGGAGUUGUCGGGGGUAUGGGCGUGGAGUGUGGGGUGGGGCGGUAUGGGUGUGCACAGGGUGGGGCGUGGUGCAGCAGUGGGGAGGAGUGUCGGCAGCGCAGCCUCACAGCACUGGGGUCGUCCCGCCUGCUACCCGCCACUGCUGAUGCUGAGGGCGUGUUCAGUGACGACCCCGCCAUCAACCCAGGUGGUGGUGUCGGGGUGCUCUGCCGGCGGGCUGCCGCCUUCUUCCCCGCCCUCCCCCCCUCUGCCUACGCCUGCCUGCCCGAUGCUGCCAUCUUCCUCGACAGGUGCCUCCCCCUAUAA